CGCUAGCAACAUGGCGAGAGUUGAACUUCAGCUUUCACGCUAUUGGCCCGUGAUCUGUGGGCGGGGCACAGUCUGUUCUGCCUGCUGAGAGGAGAUUAGAAGCAUCCUGGGGCCUAGUGUCGCUCACGAUCAACAUAAAGAUGGAAUAAAUCGGACCAGAACUAAAAGGGAGCCAGCAGUUACACCAGGAAGUGGCCCAAGGACAGAAGCAGUUACACCAGGAAGUAGCUCAAGGGCAGAAGCCAUUACACCAGGAAGUGGCCCAAGGGCAGAAGCAGUUACACCAGGAAGUGGCCCAAGGACAGAAACAGUUACACCAGGAAGUGGCCCAAGGACAGAAACAGUUACAUCAGGAAGUGGCACAAGGGCAGAAGCAGUUACACCAGGAAGUAGCUCAAGGGCAGAAGCCAUUACACCAGGAAGUAGCCAAAGGCCAGCAGUAGUUACACCAGGAAGUGGCACAAGGGCGGCAGUUGGAAGUGGCCCAAGGGCAGCAGCAGUUACACCAGGAAGUGGCCCAAGGGCAGCAGCAGUUGGAAGUGGCCCAGGGGCAGAAGCAGUUACACCAGGAAGUGGCCCAAGGGCAGCAGCAGUUACACCAGGAAACAGAACAAGGGCAGCAGCAGUUACAUCAGAAGUUAUGAGAGGCCAGCAACAAAACUGUGCUGCCCAGGAGCAGGCUCACCAGGACCACAUGAGAACUGAGCUGCAGAUGGACAUGGAGUCUGGGAUUCUGGAGCAGGAAACAGACAAGGCUGCCCAGGAGCCUAUAGAAAACCGGUUCACUCAGACGGAGCAGCGGGGCAUGGUGGUGCAGAAGAAGAGGCUGCAGACGAUCUGGAAAAGACCUGCAGUGAUGGAGUACAGGACCACCUCUGCUUAUAAGACAGUGCAGAAUCUAUUAGAGAAGAUGAGCCCGGACGAUGAUAUUGAAACCUUCCUGGCAGUGUUUGAGAGGGUUGCAGAACACUCAAAGCUUCCUCACGACGAGUGGGCUGAAGUCAUUGCUCCCUAUUUGUCAGGGAAGUCCCUGAAGGCAUACUUAGGCUUAAGCAAGCAGGAUGCCAAAGACUACACUAAACUCAAAGAAGAAAUCCUAUCCAGUGAGGGGAUCACGGGCUGCCGUGCGGGAGUCUUGCACAAAUGGAGCUACUCCCCCGAGAGGUCCGUCCGCUUCAGAUGUACGGGCCUGAUUGUCCCUGGCUAA